AUGAGCAUGGUUGCCGAAGUCUGCAGGACACGGCUUAAGGAAGUUGCCAAAACGGUUCAUCUUCAAGAACAAUUCAUGUCAUGUCUUUGUGUAUUUUACUUCGCAUUUUCACCCGUGGCAAUUUUCGGCAAUCUUCUUGUAAUUCGUGCCAUUUGGAAAGCUUCGUCGAUUCCCACUACCUUGAAGAAGUUACUCUUGAGCCUAGCCAUCUCCGAUCUUGCUGUUGGAGUGCUUCUACAACCGAUGUACGGCAUUAUCAUCGCGUUGCAGUUGAAUAUGGUAGACAGUCAGUUCCUGUGCCCUACUGUACUGACGGUACAUAUAUUUAUUACGGUUUUGCUGGCGGCAGCGUCUUUUCUAACCAUCGCUGCUAUUGCACUUGAUAGACUUCUCGCCGUCUCGUUGCAUUUGAGAUAUCAGGAACUUGUGACGCCCAAACGCGCUGAAACUGUCAUGGUUCUUCUGUGGUUAUCGGCUGCUGUUGGCGCUUCCUUGUUUAUCUCUGUCUCCAGUCACAAUGUCUUGGUAGCUGUUAUUACUGAAGUUGUCGGGUUUGCUGUUACCACCGUUGCCUAUUUCCGUAUUUACAAAGUUGUGCGCUAUCAUCAAAAUCAGAUCCAAAGUCAAUGUCAGGUCCAAAACGAACACGCAGUGGAAGAAGUCAGGGUGAAGAAGUCAGCCUUGAAUACCUUGUACGUUUAUGUUGUCUUCCUUGCUUGUUACCUUCCAUUGUUAUUUUCAAGUAUUCUGCUGUUGGUGGAUAACUUUAAAAUAUCAUUCCUUGUGGCUUAUAACGCCUCGGGCUUUUUAGUUUUCCUCAAUUCUUCUUUAAAUCCUUUCGUCUAUUGCUGGAGAUAUCGCGAGAUUCGUCAAAUUGUGAAAAAUACAUUCAGGGGAAAAUGCUUGCCCAAUGAACCUCCUGAUCUCACUUCAGAUGGAAUAAGGAUGUAA